AGUGGAGGGAGCUUGCCGGGCGAGCGCGAGUAUAAAUACGAGCACAAGCGGACGGAGCGUCAGUACAAUAAACGAAACGAAACGAAACACAACGAACGAAGAAGUGAGGAGUAAAGUAAAAUCAAAAAUGCCUGCAAUUGGAAUCGAUUUGGGAACCACAUACUCCUGUGUCGGAGUAUGGCAGCAAGGCAAAGUGGAGAUAAUCGCCAACGACCAGGGCAACAGAACGACACCGAGUUACGUUGCGUUCACAGACACCGAACGACUGAUCGGCGAUGCGGCGAAGAACCAAGUGGCCAUGAAUCCAUCCAACACAGUUUUCGACGCGAAAAGGUUAAUUGGAAGGAAGUUCGACGACCCGAAGAUCCAGAGUGACAUGAAACAUUGGCCAUUCAAAGUCGUCAGCGAGGGUGGAAAACCAAAGAUCCAGGUAGAAUUUCGCGGAGAAAACAAAAGAUUCAACCCGGAAGAGAUUUCGUCGAUGGUUCUAACGAAAAUGAAGGAAACGGCCGAGGCUUACCUCGGUCAGAGUGUACGGGAUGCAGUCAUCACAGUACCGGCGUAUUUCAACGAUUCGCAGCGUCAGGCGACCAAGGAUGCUGGUGCGAUAGCCGGACUCAAUGUUUUAAGGAUCAUCAACGAACCAACCGCGGCGGCUCUUGCUUACGGUUUGGAUAAGAACUUGAAGGGCGAGAAAAAUGUUCUUAUCUUCGAUCUCGGAGGUGGUACUUUCGACGUGUCGAUUCUAACGAUCGACGAGGGCUCGUUGUUUGAGGUUAAGUCAACAGCCGGUGACACUCAUUUGGGUGGCGAAGACUUCGACACGAGACUGGUUGACCAUCUGUGUAAAGAGUUCGAAAGAAAAUUCAAGAAAAACAUCAAAUCUAAUCCGAGAUCACUGAGAAGAUUGAGAACAGCGGCUGAGAGAGCGAAACGGACCCUGUCAUCGAGCACCGAGGCAACCAUCGAAAUCGACGCCCUUUACGAGGGUCUCGAUUUUUACACGAAAAUCUCGAGGGCACGUUUCGAAGAGCUGUGCGCGGAUCUCUUCAGGGCCACGUUAGAACCGGUCGAAAAAGCGUUGGCCGAUGCCAAAUUGGACAAAAGAUCAAUCCACGAGGUCGUUCUCGUUGGCGGCUCCACUCGAAUCCCAAAAAUUCAAUCGAUGCUGCAGAACUUCUUCUGCGGUAAGCAGCUUAACCUCUCCAUCAAUCCGGACGAAGCUGUCGCUUACGGUGCUGCGGUUCAAGCUGCCAUUCUUACCGGCGAGGGUGACAAGAGCUCCAGUCUUCAGGACGUUCUUCUAGUCGACGUUGCCCCGCUUUCGCUCGGUAUCGAGACCGCGGGUGGUGUUAUGACCAAGAUCAUCGAGCGCAAUGCUCGCAUUCCCUGCAAACAAUCGCAGACCUUCACCACGUACGCGGACAAUCAACCGGGCGUUACCAUCCAAGUGUUCGAGGGCGAACGCGCCAUGACCAAGGACAACAACAUUCUUGGUAAGUUCGAACUCAGUGGCAUUGCACCCGCUCCUCGAGGAGUUCCGAAGAUCGAUGUCACCUUCGACAUGGACGCCAAUGGUAUCCUCCACGUCACCGCUAAGGAUACCGCGAGCGGUCGUAGCAACGACGUUCGUAUCACCAACGACAAAGGCCGAUUGUCUCGUGAGGAGAUCGACCGGAUGCUCGCCGAGGCCGAACGUUAUCGAGACCAGGAUCAAGAACAACGGGAAAGAGUCGAGGCUCGUAAUCAGAUCGAGAGUUACGUCUUCUCCGUGAAACAGGCGGUAGACGAGAGUGGUUCCAAACUCAACGAGUCUGACAAGAACAGUGUGAGACAACUGUGCGACGACACCAUCAAGUGGCUGGACAACAACACGCUUGCGGAGAAAGAAGAAUACAAACACAAACUCGACGAGCUGCAAAAACAAUGCUCUCCCAUUAUGACCAAAAUCCAUCAAGGUGGUGCGACCGCUGGACCUGGAGACUGCGGAGCACAAUACAGACAGGCCAAUAACAACUACGAAGGCCCCACCGUCGAAGAAGUUGAUUAAACCUCAUCGAAGAUAUUCAAAUUUUUUUUUCAUCAGUAUUUCACUGUAAAUAUUUCUUGCGACUGAAUAUUUCAAGUUCCUUGUAAUAUAUUUGAUGUGUACGAACAAGUCUCAUCGGUUUAACACAAUCAAACAAGUCGGACAAUUUAAUUUUCUGGAACUUUAUUUAUAAUUAGAAUAAUUAUGAGCUGUCAUCCAACAUGUUGUAUGAACUUUGCGCAUUUGAACCUGUGAUUGAAAAUAUAUUUAUUAUUUUUUUUUUAUUAAAAAUAAAAAAGUGUGUUGUUUAUUUCAUUCCUUUGUUACAAGCCAACUCCUGAUAUUAUAUUGCACUGAAUCAGUAGCAGAAAAAUAUUAAUAACCUGCCAAUUUGAACAAAAGUGUAUAAAACUGCAUGAAAUGAAAUUAUAUUUAUUAAUCGGAAAAAGCCCUGUUCAUUACUCAGAAAAUUCCUGAAAUAUAAUUCAUCAAUAAAAUCUAAA